CAGACAAUUCACCGCUAACACUUUUCGUUCUCAUUCCUUCGAAGGAAAAUUAAGAAGAAAAGUAAACAUGCAAGAUGUAAAACCAAAGAUUCUUUAACUAAACUGUUGCCCUUUGUGAUUAACGAUGAACGAGGGUGUGCUUCAUAUCGAGGAACAUUUACUUGAGGCCUUUACGACGAUGAAUACGCUACGAAAUCAUCAAGAACUUUGUGACAUCGUGUUAUGUGUAGAGAAUAUUGAAAUUCAUGCACACCGUAUUGUUCUAGCAUCGUGUAGUCCCUACUUCUACGCUAUGUUUACAAAUAACUUAGCGGAAAGCAAACAGUCGGUUGUGACAUUAAAAGAUGUGGACGCGAACUGCGUAGAGAUCUUGGUAAACUUUGCCUAUACGGCAGACAUUACUGUAAACGAGAGCAAUGUUCAAGCUCUUUUGCCUGUCGCCUCCUUGUUGCAAAUUUCAUCCGUCCUGAAGGCGUGUUGCGCUUUCUUGGUGGGCCAGUUAGAUCCGUCAAACUGUUUAGGUAUACUGUCCUUUGGAGAGCUACACGGAUGCGACGAACUCGCGUUGAAGUCGCGCCAUUAUUGUACUCGGUAUUUUUCAAAAGUUGCGAGAGCAGAAGAGUUUCUUUCCAUCACUGAAGACAGGUUAUGCUCACUAAUGGAUGGCGACGGGUUGUGUGUAAAAAAUGAAGACGAGGUUUUAUUAGCUGCUAUUCGAUGGAUAAAACAUGAUAUGGAAAACCGAAGGCAUUCUUUAUGUCGAAUACUGUCCCAUGUUCGUUUGCCCUUUGUCUCUCCUGGUUUUGUUCAGUCAUUAUGUAAAUCAACGGACCCAAAUGAUGUUAUGUUACUGCAAUUGAUAUCAGAUAUUUGCACUAGUCGCUGUUCUCGGGCAGUUCACGUAAAGAAGAGAUCUCCAACAGGGUCCCAGGUUAUGUACAUUGUUGGCGGUUAUCUGCGGCAAUCGUUAAGAGUUGUUGAAUGUUUUUCCCCGCGUCAUAAUUCGUGGAGUUUACUCAAGUCGUUACAGCAACCAAGAAGUGGCGCAGGCGCAGCUUUUGUUGGUGGUAUGUUAUAUAUCAUUGGUGGACGUAACAACUCGUUAAGUGGCAAUGUUGACUGUGACUCCGUCGACCGUUACGAUCCUCUCUUGGAUGAAUGGAAAUCCGUACGGUCCCUAACAGUUCCGCGCAAUCGGGUCGGCAUUGGCGUCAUUGACGGUUUCGUUUAUGCUAUCGGUGGUAGUCAUGGUAACUUGUACCUAAAUCAUGUUGAAAAAUACGAUGCGGACGAAGAUUGCUGGGUCGAAGUUUCUCCACUAACGGUCCCAAGGAUAGGAGUCGGAGUUGCUGUGAUCGACAGGAAGCUUUACGCCGUUGGAGGAUACGAUGGAGUACGUCGUCUUGAUAGUGUCGAAUGCUACGAUUCAACAUUGGACAAGUGGACGCUGGUCGCGUCAAUGAACUCAGCUCGUAGUGGUGCUGCUGUAACAGCGGCCAGUAAAUAUAUUUACGCCUUGGGGGGAUAUGACGGGACAACUCAGUUGAGUAGCGUUGAAAGAUACGAUCCAGUGGCAGACGAAUGGACACUCGUCUCAAGUAUGUUGGAUCACCGUAGCGCCCUGAGCGUCGCCUCGUUUGAGAACAAACUGUAUGUGUUUGGAGGGUACGACGGGGAGAAAUUCCACGACUCUGUCGAGGUUUAUGACUGUGUACAGGAUCGGUGGGAGGUAGCGGCUGCCAUGAGUAUGGGCCGUAGUGGAGCUGCUGUAGUGGUGGGCGUGCGACCUGCUUUCUGAGAGUUCAAUAUCUAUAGCCUCGUCAGGCAGGGUGCAAGGUCGGUUUCAAAUUAGGGAUUCGACGGGGGAUCCGACGGCUUAUCGUGUAUUACAACUUGAUUGCGAUGCGUAACAUUCCAGAGAAGCUUUGGAAGGAAGACAAAGUCAAUUUGAUGUCAUAUGACAACAGAUUUAUCUGAAGUCAGGACAUUCCUAUUACAAGGACGGGUCCUCUCUUUGGACCCGGCUCGUGGUAAAUCUAUACCUUUUCCCGCGAUAAAUCCCUGAUAAAUUAAAAAUUAACGUUUUCCUUACUAACGACACAGAUUUUUAUAUCCUCGCCGAAAGAUGUCAUUACACAUAAAAUGUGCAAUAAUUGAAUGAAUUAAUCUUGGUACAAACUUGAAAGUACAGUGUUAGGAAUUAAUAUUAUUGUGUUAAUGUGGUGGAAUUAAUAUCUUGUUACCGUUGUUUGUAUAGACGUGUCAAUAAUGUUUCAACCUGUGCGUAAUAAGAAACAAUUACAACUGAUAGUGAUAGUGCAUAUGAUACUGGUAUAUGAAGUAAUAUUGUGAUGUAGCCAGGGGGCGCCGGCUCAGAUUUUCUAACAAGUUGGUCUGGUGAAAAACUCAAUUUUCAGUUUUGAAAUAACAUUCUGGUGAAAAACUCAAUUCAACACAUUAUGUUUUGCAAACAUGCUUAAAUUAUUAUAUAUGCUCUGUUACAGGAGUGCAUUUUCACCAAAUCUGCUCUCGCAUCGUCCCGGCGCCCCUGUUGUUGCAAACCUAAGAGGUCGCACGUUGGAAUCCUCGCGUUAAUUCUUCAGCUUGUCCGGUUAGUUAACUAAUUGUAGCAACACCACAAUAUUAAAAUACAACAGCUUACAUUUGUCUACAUACUUACCUUUUGCCAGUUUUUCAAUUUUGCAUGUUAAACUAUUCACAAAGGGAAUUGGCCUAGACCCAAACAACUUUCUCACUUCUUUUCUGUUCUAUAUUACACGCGUCACGGCUGGCCCACACAGGCAGGACGCGAUUUGGCAACGCGGCGCGAGUUUUUAACGUU